GUGAACGAAGGAAUGGAAAUUGAACCAGUUGAUUAAAUUAAGUGAAGGAAAGAUGGCAGAAAGUAAGGGAGCGUUACUCGCAAAAUCGGUACAAAAGCAUGCUGGAAGAGCGAAAGAAAAGAUACUACAGAAUCUUGGCAAGGUAGACCGGACAGCAGAUGACAUCUUUGAUGAGCAUCUCACGAACUUCACAAGACAGCAGAAUGCUGCUAAUCGGCUGCAAAAGGAAUUCAAUAACUACAUUCGGUGCAUACGAGCGGUGCAGGCAGCAAGCAAGACACUCAUGGACUCCCUGAAUGAAAUCUAUGAAAGUAACUGGGUUGGCCAUGACCUUCUAUAUGUACAAGCACAGAAUAUUGAGAUGCUUUGGCAGGACUUCAGUCACAAGCUUGGUGACCAAGUUCUCAUCCCGCUCAACACGUACCAGAGCCAGUUCCCAGAAAUGAGGAAAAAAAUUGACAAACGUGGUCGCAAAUUAGUGGAUUAUGACAGCCAGCGUCACAACUUCCAGUCACUACAAGGCAAUCCAAAGAAGAGGGAUGAAAUCAAGGUGACAAAGGCAAGAGAAUCACUGGAAGAAGCUAAAAGAACGUAUGAAUUGUUGAACUCGGAACUACAUGACGAACUGCCAGCACUGUACGACUCAAGGGUGCUCUUCUUAGUGACUAAUCUCCAGACUUUAUUUGCUGCAGAACAAGUCUUCCAUGUGGAAACAGCAAAGGUAUAUGCAGAGCUGGAAGCCAUAGUAGACAAACUGGCCACAGAUUGCCAACGUGGUACAUACACUCUCAAGAAAAGCUCACCCAAGUCUCCCAAAACUCCGACCAGCAAUAGCAAAAUAAUUUCAAGUGCACCAUCCUCUCCCACGUCAGUAGUGGCUGAUGAUAACCCCACAACCCCUACUACAUCCCAACCUAACUCUGACCUUGCCAUCACAUCUACCACAACCUCUACUACCACAACUACUACUGACAAUAAACCAUCGGCAGGUUCACCAAAGCUCUCAUCCCCCCCUGGGGCCCAGAUAAAUGGUAACGUUAAACCUCCAAGUCCAGGGUCACCCAAUAACAACAAACAUGUUGAAGAACUGUAUGAUAUACCAGUGGGUGAGAAAGAAAAGAGCAGUUACUUACCAGAGCAAGGGCCUACAGAGACUCAGAUGACAGGAGAUCACAAGACAUUUGAAUCAUGUGGAGCCACUACAGACAAUCUGCCCCCUGGAGUACUGUAUCGAGUCAAGGCCACUUAUAAGUACAAUCGCGAGGAUGUAGAUGAACUGUCUUUCGAUGUGGGCGAAAUCAUCCGAGUCGUGGAGUAUGAUGAUCCUGAAGAACAGGAGGAAGGUUGGUUGAUGGGAGUGAAGGAAGGUACUGGAGAGAAGGGAAUGUUCCCAGCUAACUUUACGCGACCUUUGUGAGUUGUUUAAAAUUGCAAGUCACAAACACCAAUUGUCUGAGAACAACCAGUCAGAUAAUAAGCCAUCAACUGACCAAUGGGCAAGACAGCAGUAUAGUAAGGCACCAGGGGAAGGAGUGACAGGAAUGAUGUCAUCACAUGUGACAACAAGAAGAGGAAACAUUGGCAACAUAUCAUUUUGAAAGCCCAGAAGAUGUAUUACCGAUAUUUAGAGAAUCAAACACUUUUAUGAAAUACUUGCAUACCACCAAAACUGGAGCUUAAAUUUAGCCUCAGAUCUUGAGAGGAUAAUCACUGUAACUGCUGUUAUCUGGUGGCAGCUGCAGGAUGUUAUGAUCUCUUCCUACAGUUUCAUUUAUAAAAAAGGAAAGGUCUCACAUGUGGCACAAUUUCAGCUCCAUGUAAUUAUCAUCACAUCUGUAAAGGCAGAGGAAGAUAGAGACAUCUGCUGGCACUAAGAGAUGGAUGGAGAGAUGACUAGAAAGCAGACCAGUCAAUGACCAAGAAUCUUUCAGUGUCCCUGAUGUUUUCAUCUAAACAUCUUUUAAUAUUAAAGUUCUAUCCAAACUGUGAAUUGUCAGUCUUUUGUUGAAACAUUCCAUCAGCCUCAAUGCCAACUUGUUUUGAUGACAACGUUCUUAGGCCUACAUCAUUUGAUUCAAGCAUUCCUGCAGCAUUGAUGAUGAUUUUGGUGGUAUAUCUAAAAACUGUUAUCUCCUUUAAUUAGUUCUGUGUAAUAAUAAAUUUGAAGAGAGGUUAUAUAUGUUCGAUUAUGUUGUUAAAUGGAAUAAGAAUGUAGCUGUCACUAGCUACAAAAAAUGGCUUCCUUAUAUUUACCUUGUGAGUGAGUGAGUGAUAAUAACACUUUACUAAUUGGGGAGCACAUUGAAUGGAUUGUAGACUGGUAUAAUCAUUAGGAAUUUGAAAGCGAUAUCAACCUUAAGUCAUUUCUAAAUACAGUGUUGAAUAAAUGAAAUAGUUUUUUUUUCAGUAUACCAGGCCUAUGACCUUUAUUUGGGGGGAGGGAUUUAUAGGGAUUGUUGUCCCUUCUAGAUUAAAUUUUGACAUUCAUAUAUUAAUGUUUGCUUCUACAAAAUAAGGUUUUAUCCUUCAAGAAAUAAUGUCUUCAAUUAAAUAAUUUCAACUAACUUUUGAAUUUAGUCUAGUAAGUUAUUUAUAGAUAUGUUUACUGUAGCUCUGGCUAAUUAUUGUAAGAAUCAACAGAAUUUAGUUGCCAUUGUACUGUCAUUAAUGUUACUAACAUUAGUGGUUAAUGUCUUGCCUGUUAAUAACUCUCUAGAAAGAGGCAUAAUGUCUCUGAUGUGGUCUCAGCACAUUUCUGACUGCUGUAUCCAUCAUGGCCUGGUUUGGUGCUAGUACUUUUCUUCUGAAAUUGCCCCUCCCCCUGAAAGUUUUACGUAUAGGAUGUGCCUUCACAGUGCCCAUUUGAUUUGAUAUCUACAGUAUGGAUAAUAUCAGGGCAUUAAUUGCCAACAUCUUAUAAAUCCAUCAUCAUCCAUACUGUUGGAUUGGCUACACUGCCAUAUUCAGACCAUGUUCCCAUGUGCUGUUAUGUCUGGUGCAUGCUGGAUGCUUCCCAAACUUUUAAAAGUGCCUUUAUUAUAAGAUCCACGUUAAAGAUUGUAGCAUAUUUAGUAGAAACCAUAAUUUGUCCGUAUCGUAUGUGAAUAAUGUUACAUAUAGAUUACAUGAAAGCUGUACAGCAUUUCUCUUGUCUUUUUGACUACCUUUAUGUAGAGUUUGGUGAAUUGCUGAAUGCUGAUUUGACAUAACCUGAUUUUACCGUGAAAAUGGGCUUACUAAAAAUAUUAGGGGAACUUGAACUUCACGAACAGUUGUUCUUAGCAGAACGGGUUCAUAUGGAAGUUGGUUCCAUUACUGAAAAUUUUUUCCAGUUAGCUCAGAGUUUAAUAUGAGAGUGUAUUAUAGUAUUGUUAAAGAAUAAUUCUGUAAACAUAUGACCAUUUUCUAUUGUAGUUUAAGCAACAAGGAAGGUAGACAUGUUUUACUAAUUUAUUUACAAAGAGUAUGAUGGUUCCACAGACUGAUAUUAAUUUUAACAUCAGUAUAGAACAUAAAUUUAGCAAGUACUCAUCUCUACAAAACAACUAAAGCUUGUAAUAGUGAAAUGUUUGUAAACAUGAAUAAUCCAAUAUUGAAGUUAGUGGUCUGAGGAAGAUAUUUUUGUGUGUGCAAACAAUUAGGUUGAUACUGAAUGUACAUUUUAUUACCAUAUAGAUCUGAUUUUUUUUUUUUGCUCUUUCCAUUUUUAAAUCUGGAAUGUUAAUUUUUUUAAGUAGCUAAAAUUAUAAACUCUUUUGUUAUAUCUUUUGUUAAAUAUUCCAGGUCGUGUUUUCCUCAUUUCUGUUAGGUUUUAGUAUAUACAGUUCACAAUUUCUGUAAACCAAAACAGUGCCCUACAUUUAUAAUUUUUUAAUAAGUCAGACUUUAGUUAUUUCUUGAUUCAGAAUUUACAUUGCAUUGCAUUUUAAUUGUCAACAAAUGGAAAUGAUAGGAAGUGCUCCAAAUGUCCAUACUUUAAUUGAACUGUCAGUGUAGUAUGAAGUAUUUUGUGUUGAUUAGCCCUAGUCAUAACUGAAUUACUUUUGCAGGAAGGGGGAACUCUCUUAAUGUUUCAUCACAUUAUUCCAUGAAGUCUGGUGCCAUGGAGGUAGUUAUUUGAGUUUUCAUCCCAAUCUAGUUCUUUUACUUUUUAUUUAAGUGUACUUUUGGUGCAUUUUUAAAAUUUUUUAAGAUGAAAGAUUAAGGCUCGUUGUAAAAAUAGUAAAAUACGCAUUACAUGUUUCACCACAUUUCUACACUAUCAUAUACAGUUUUUAUGAUGUUUAAAUAAAGUGAGUUAUGUUAUACA